AUGGCAGCCAUCGAAAUAACAGUCUCUGGGUCCACUCAACAGUUCUCCUCCAAGGUUUUGCUGGCUACUGCGGUCGUUAUCGUGGAAGAUGAUGAGGGUAGUCAGUUCCCGGUUCGUGCUCUAUUGGAUUCCGGCUCCGAGAGUAAUUUCAUCGCUGAACGGUUGAGUCAACGGCUCAGGACACAUCGAGAGAAAGUAGAUAUUUCUGUGCACGGUAUUGGUCACGCGGCUACAAAGGUUAAGUACCAGAUUACCGCGAUGGUUCGUUCGCGAGCUACGGCUUUCUCGCAGAACAUGAAUUUCCUCGUGCUCCCAAAGGUUACGGUAAAUAUACCUACGGCGAAGGUGAAUACACAAGGCUGGACGGUGCCUAACGGGAUCAUCCUGGCGGAUCCCACUUUUUUCAAUCCAAGUUCAGUGGACAUGGUGUUGGGCAUCGAAUCCUUUUUUGAUUUCUUCGAAACUGGUCGAAGAAUUCCCCUCGGAGAUCAAUUGCCGACACUUAACGAAUCAGUGUUCAGUUGGGUGGUCUGCGGAGGUCUGACAAAUCCAAGUCAAGGCUUAAGCAUCAAUUGUAGUAGGGCAACUACACAAGGAUUAGAGGAGCUAGUCGCACGGUUUUGGGCUAGUGAAGAGAUUGGCAGUUCCAAGGUUCUUUCGUUGGAGGAAAGUAAAUGUGAGGACAUUUUCCGGAAGUCGGUUCGCAGGGAAUCCGACGGUCGAUACUCCGUUUCGUUGCCGAAAGAUGAAGACGCAAUUUCCAGGUUGGGCGAGUCAUGGGACAUCGCAUUCCGGCGGCUUCAAGGCACAGAACGUAGAUUGGCGAGGAAUGUUGGUCUGCGAGAAUAG